AUGGACCAGUCCUAUAAUUUGAGCACACAAGAGGUGCUCGAAGGCCUCCAUGUCGUAAAGGAACAGGGGCUGAACGACUCGCAGGUGGCUGAGCGGCAGGAAAAGCACGGGCGCAACGAACUGCCCGAAGAAGAGUCGACGCCUCUGUGGGAGCUGAUUCUCGAGCAGUUCAAGGACCAGCUUGUCGUCAUCCUAGUAGUUUCGGCACUUAUAUCCCUGGUGCUCGCGUUCUUUGAGGAGGAAAACGACAAGCUCACGGCGUACGUCGAGCCCAUCGUGAUUAUGCUGAUUCUGGUGGCCAACGCGACGGUUGGGGUGCUACAGGAGACGAGCGCCGAGAAUGCCAUCGCCGCGCUGAAGGAGUACUCGCCAGACGAGUGCCGCGUCGUGCGCAACGGCGGCGUGGUGUCUAAGGUCAACGCUGUUGAGCUCGUUCCGGGCGAUAUCAUUGUGGUCAGCGUGGGCGAUAAGAUCCCGGCCGACGCGCGCGUAAUCUCAGUCGAGUCGUCGGUGCUGCGCAUCGACCAGGCGCUGCUCACGGGCGAGUCGGUCAGCGUGACCAAGAGCUCGAGCGCGCUGCAGGGAACCAAGGGCGAGCGUGCCGUGGUGCAGGACCAGAUUAACAUGGUGUUUGCUGGCACGUCGGUCGCGCUGGGCCGCGCGCAGUGCGUCGUGACGGCAACCGGCUCCAAGACGGCGAUCGGCGGCAUCCACUCGUCGAUCACCGACCAGGUGUCGCAGAAGACCCCGCUCAAGCAGAAGCUCGACGACUUUGGUGACAUGCUGGCCAAGGUGAUCACCGUAAUCUGCAUCCUGGUGUGGGCGAUCAACGUGCGCCACUUCAACGAGGCGUCGCACCAUGGGUGGGUGCGCGGCGCUGUGUACUACUUCAAGAUUGCCGUGGCCCUGGCCGUGGCGGCCAUCCCCGAGGGCCUGGCCGUGAUCAUCACGACAUGCCUGGCGCUGGGAACCCGGCGUAUGGCUGAAAAGAACGCCAUUGUGCGCUCGCUGCCGUCGGUCGAGACCCUGGGCUGCACUAGCAUCAUUUGCUCGGACAAGACAGGCACGCUGACGACCAACCAGAUGUCGGCAUCGCGCAUCAUCCUUCUGGACGCGCAGGGCGCUGUGCGUGAGCUCGAGGUGACCGGAACUGACUUUAGCCCGGCAGGACACGUCGUCGACGCGCAGGGAACUACGAUUACCAACGCGGCGGCAGACAAGGGCGCGGUGGCCGGCUCGACGCAGGCGCUGCGCGACUCGGUCAUCGUCUCCGCCAUGUGCAAUGACGCAAACGUGUUGUACAACCGCGAUAAGAACGUGUAUCAGCUCAUCGGCGAGCCGACCGAGGGAGCGCUGCGUGUGCUGGUCGAGAAGGUCGGCACCUCUGAUGCGGCCUUUAACGCAACGCUGGCCGAGCUUUCCAAGGCCGACCGCGUGCAGGCGUGCUGCCAAUGGGUGCAGCAUCGCUUUGCGCGCGUUGGCACGCUCGAGUUUACGCGCGAGCGCAAGUCCAUGUCUGUGCUGGUGCAUGACUCACAGCGCCAGUGCGACCGCCUCCUCGUCAAGGGCGCGCCCGAGAACGUGCUUGCGCGUUGCGCGUUUGCCGUGGUCGGCGGCGGCGUCGUGCCGAUGACCGAGUCGAUCCGCUCGGAGGUCUUGGCGUCGGCCGGGCGCUUGGGCGCCGAGCACGCGCUGCGCAUGAUGGCGCUCGCCACCCGCGAGGGCGCUGCCGCCACGGGGCCCGGCAGCCUGGCAGCGCAGAUCAAGGCCAGCGACGGCACGGAUUUCGAGGCCAUCGAGUCGCAGCUGGUUUUUGCCGGGAUGGUCGGCAUGCACGACCCGCCGCGGGCCGAGGUGCGCCAGUCAAUCGCACAUUGCGCCGAAGCCGGCAUCCGCGUCAUCGUCAUCACCGGCGACGCCAAGCCAACGGCCGAGAGCGUGUGCCGCGCGAUCGGCGUGCUGGGCCCCAACGACGACGCCAGCUCGCUGUGCGUGACGGGCGCCGAGUUCUCGGCGAUGAGCGACGCCGAGCAGCGCAAGUGCGUGCUGAGGGCGCGUGUGUUCGCGCGCACGGAGCCGCAGCACAAGCUGCAGCUGGUGUCGCUGCUGCAGGCCGCUGGGCACAUCGUCGCGAUGACCGGCGAUGGCGUCAACGACGCGCCAGCGCUGAAGAAGGCCGACAUUGGUAUUGCCAUGGGCAGCGGCACGGACGUUGCAAAGCUGGCGGCAGACAUGGUGCUUGCUGACGACAACUUUUCGACCAUCGAGAUGGCCGUCGCCGAGGGGCGCGCCAUCUACGACAACACGAAGCAGUUUAUCCGCUACUUGAUUUCGUCCAACAUUGGCGAGGUCGUGUCGAUUUUUCUGACUGUGCUUCUGGGCAUGCCCGAGGCCCUGAUCCCGGUGCAGCUGCUGUGGGUCAACCUGGUUACCGACGGUCUGCCGGCCACGGCCCUGGGCUUCAACCCGCCGGACCCGCAUAUCAUGCAGCACAGGCCGCGGUCCGCCCGCCAGCCCAUCGUCUCUGGCUGGCUGCUUUUCCGCUACCUUGUAAUUGGCGCCUAUGUCGGCGCUGCGACCGUCUUUGGCUACGCGUGGCACUUCAUCUACUCGCCACUGGGCCCGAACAUUUCAUUCCACGAGCUGAGCAACUUCCACCAGUGCGAGCGUCUCUUCGCCGGCCACCUCGACUGUGCCACUGUGUUCAAUGGCCAGCAUGCUGUCAUCGCCAGCACCAUCUCGCUGAGCAUCCUGGUGAGCAUUGAAAUGUUCAACGCCCUUAAUUCGCUGUCUGAAAACGCGUCGCUGCUCGAGGUGCCCCUGUGGCGCAACCCGUCGCUUCUGGGCGCUGUUGCGCUUUCCUUUGCCCUGCACUUUGCCAUUCUCUACAUCCCCUUCUUUAACACUGUCUUCAGCGUCGUGCCCCUGGGCUGGAUCGAGUGGAGGGCCAUUUUGCUGAUCUCGGCGCCCAUCAUCCUUGUCGACGAGGUGCUCAAAUUGUACUCGCGCACCUUUGUCAACCCACCCGUCUCACUCGCUGCCGGAAACAAGACUGUUGGCGCUUCCGAGCAUGAGAAGAAACGCAGUGAUUCAAAUAUAUGCUAUGAAUAA